GUGCAGUGCAAAAUUAUUACAAAAUAAUUGCAAAAUAUUUUCAACAAUUUAACACGCCUUUCUCUGCAGCUUGUUAGUGCAUUUUAUACAGUGCAUUUCACACAUACUUAUUUUUGUUCGCAUUGUUAAUUGAUUGCUGUGAUUCCGACUAAUCAAUUGUGAUGCUCGCGCAGCCGCAGCCCAUUUGAUAAGCAACGGCAACUGCAACUGCAACAGUAGCAACAGCAACAACAACGCCUGGAAUAUGUUGUAUAAUGUGCCGUGCUAUCAAAACUUUUCAACGCUGGAUUACUACAAGGUUAAACGUCCCAAAACAGAGCACACGGAUACACAUGAACGCAAUCGUCUCUGCCAAAGUCAACAACAACACCAACAGCAACACCAACAGCAACAGCAACAGCAGCAACAUCAACAUCAACAGCAGCAGCAACAGCAGCAACAACAACAACAACAGCAGACACACUCAAGCGCCGUGUUGGCCACCAGCAAUGGGCCCAGCAGUGCCGGCGCCAGCGUGGGCGUUGGCAUUGGCGUGGGCGUGGCCGGGCAGUGCAGCCCACUCGGACUGCCGCCACAAAUACAACCGUUGCAGCCAACAAUUGGCGCGCUAAGCAACCACUUUGCGAGCAACAACAACAAUAACAGCAACCACAUCCCGAAUUCGAACUCGAACUCGAACCCGAACUCGAAUCCAAAUCCGAGCAGCUGCAGCCUGGCUGCCGCCGCCUCAAGCUUUGCACAGUCGUCGGGCAGCAGCUUCUCCACAUAUCAGCAGCAGGCCAGCGAUGAGGUGGGCGUUGGUGUCGUGGGCGUGGGCGUGGGCGUGGCCCAUCCAGCCGCCAUGUCGCAUUGGGCGCACGAGACGAACAGCAGCGGUGCCGGCAACAGCAGCAGCAGCGGCAGCCUUGCGCCCGCCGUCAAAUCCGAGUCCCGCAGUCCCGGCCAGGCUGUCCACACUCAUCCCCUGGACAAUGCGUCCGCUGCUGCGGCCGCCGCCGCCGUCUACGGCUGUGUGGACAGCACGGCGUCCGUGAACUCCUCGGCUGUGGCAGCUGCCGCUGCCGCUGUAUACGAUAGCAAACAUGAUUAUUACUACUACAACAGCAUGCAGCAAUAUACGCCGCCGCCGUUCUACUCCGGCUAUGGGACACCGUAUGCCGCUGCGAGUGCGGCACGUGGCGCCAAAAUGGAGCCGGGCGCUGCAGCUGCCGCGUAUCUCUCCUCGAGCUAUGCGAGCGGGGGCAACAAUAAUUCCCAGCUGUAUAGCAAUCCGUAUGCGGGCUACAAUAAUUUUGGUCAGCAGGAUUAUGGCGGAUACUACAACGAACAGUAUGGCAACUAUUAUAAUCCGGCCAAUUAUUCGCCGUAUGCGGUGAGUUCGCCCAGCUCGAGUGCCAGCCAUGGUUUUCAUGUGGCCACCGCCUCAUCGAAUCUCUCCGAGAGUCCAACGGACACGCACUCAACGACUCCCGUUCAUCCGGCCACACACUCGCCGCACUCGCCCCCGCUGCCCAUCUCGAUGUCACCGAAUGCGGGCGUUCAGGUUGUCAAUGCGGCGACGGCGACAUCCUCGUCCGCAACGCUCAACUCCAGCGGUGGCAGCAGUGGAGGUGGUGGUGGUGGUGGCUCAGCGACAGCAGCCAAGACGACGCCGACGGGCAAGACGGGCAGGGCGCGCGGACGACGACAUCAGCAGCCGAGUCCGACGCGCAGCACAGCAUCGGAUACGGGCAAUGGGGAGACGGUGAAGCCGCCGGAACGUGUCUUCGUCUGGGAUCUGGACGAGACGCUGAUCAUCUUCCACACGCUGCUGUCGGGCAGCUAUGCCAAUCGCUACACCAAAGACCACAGCACCCUGAUGACCAUCGCCUAUCGCAUGGAGGAGAUGGUCUUCAACAUGGCCGACACGCAUUUCUUCUUCAACGAGAUCGAGGAGUGCGACCAGGUGCACAUCGACGACGUCAGCUCCGAUGACAAUGGCCAAGAUCUGAGCACCUAUAACUUUGCCACCGAUGGUUUCCACACGGGCAACCCGCCCGGUGCCCCACCCAAUCUCUGUCUGCCCACCGGCGUUCGCGGCGGCGUGGAUUGGAUGCGCAAGCUGGCGUUUCGCUACCGCAAGAUCAAGGACAUCUACAACAGCUACAGGGGCAAUGUUGGCACUUUGUUGGGUCCUGGCAAGCGGGAUGUGUGGUUGCAGAUCCGCUCCGAGAUCGAGGUGGCCACCGACAAUUGGGCCACCUUGGCGCUGAAGUGUCUCAGCAUGAUUGCCCAGCGCGAGAACUGCGUCAACGUGCUGGUCACCUCAACACAGCUGGCGCCGGCGCUGGCCAAAGUGAUGCUCUUCGGCCUGGGCAGCAUAUUCAACAUUGAGAACAUCUACAGUGCCCACAAGAUUGGCCAGGAGACUUGUUAUGAGCGGAUUGUGACGCGCUUUGGGCGUAAGAGCACCUACGUCGUCAUUGGCGAUGGCGCCGAGGAGGAGUCCGCUGCCAAGGCCAUGAACUUUCCGUUCUGGCGCAUAUCCGCACACAGCGACAUUCGUGCGCUUUACACCGCCCUCGAUAUGGGGUUCUUAUGAAAGGCUUAUCGCGUUUUAAGACGCUGCGGAAUCGCAAGCGCGUUUUGCGCGCGUUUUUCGUACAGUUUUGAGUACAAAGAAUGAUACAGAAAACAAAAUGAAAAUCAAAUGAAUCAACAUAAAG